AUGGAUGAAGUGUCGCUCGACUUUGGGCGGCUGAGCCAAUUCCAAGCUGGCUUAGGAACACAUUUUUGUGACCUCCUUUGCAGUUUGGUUAGUGCCAAGACAGUAACCGUCUGUCCUUUCCUCAUUCAAGUGAUCCAGGACAAUGUCAACCCGCUUCGCCUUAGAGCAGAUAUGAAAACGACGAGAUUGGUGCUGAUGACCACUCUCGAACCACGUGAGUUCGUCGGAAUCAGGUUCAUGAUCAACAGCUGUCCAUAUCUGGAGACGCUGACUUUUCAGCUCGUUGUUAGAACCGCUGUCCGAAUGGUGCGAGUGCCGAUCGAUGCAAACGGAUAUUGGAGGGUUGGAAUUUUUCACCCGUGUUUCAAGAAUACACUCAAAUAUUUAGAAGUCUGGAACUUCUGUGGAGAUUUUUAUGAGUUGCAGCUCCUUAAGAAUCUGAUUCGCGUUUGUCGUGUGCUGGAACGGGUGGACUUGUAUGCACCCAUGGGACUUGCCGUGGAUCGACUUGACCGUAUCCGUGCAAAAGCCGACUUUGUGAGGGAAACAUUCAGGGCCAGUUCGGCGGAUUUGUCUAUCCAUCUGUACUAA